AUGAACGAUCACGGACAGUCAAGUCUCGACCACAAUAGAAGCCCUGUGUCCCUCGACAUCAUUAUUGUGGGUGCUGGGUUGAGUGGUCUUGCGUCGGCUGUCUCAUGCUCUUUAUCGGGGCAUAAGGUUACCAUCUUUGAAUCUGCGACUGCGCUCCAAGAGGUUGGCGCAGGACUACAGAUCACACCCAACUCAUCUCGUCUACUGCGCCGAUGGAAGUUAUCUGAACAAUUCUGGGAUUCAGUCGCCGAGCCUACUCGUCUAGCUGUUCAUCGUUAUUCGGGCCAAGUUCUUGCUUUGGAAAAAGACUUUGACAAGAACAUCCGAGAGAAGUACGGAGCUCCCUUUGUCGAUGCGCACCGAGUGGAUCUCCAAUCUGCGUUACUGGAGAGGGCGCAGCAACUCGGCGCCAAGGUCAAGUUAUCGCAGAAAGUUACAAACGUCAACUUCAACAUUCCAGAAAUCACUACGCAAAGUGGAACCAAGGCAAGGGCUGAUCUGAUUAUCGCUGCCGAUGGCUUGUGGUCUCGUUGUCGUGGUGCCUUCCUUGCUACUAAAGAUGCGCCCAAGCCUACAGGUGAUCUUGCUUACCGCGUUGUUCUAAAGUUGGAGGACAUCAAAGAUCCCGAGUUGAUCGACUGGGUCCGUAACAGCUCAUGUCAUUUCUGGAUCGGUCCUGGUGCACAUGCCGUGGGUUAUUCCCUCCGAGGCGGAAACAUGUAUAAUAUUGUUCUCCUUGUUCCUGAUGACCUGCCUCAAGGUGUCAGUAGGCUUCCCGGAUCUGUGGACCAGAUGAAAGCGCUUUUUCAAGGCUGGGACCCAAUACUACUUCGCUUCCUCGAUCUUGUCACUGAUGUUGACCGAUGGAAGUUGAUGCAUCAUGACGAAAUGGAGCAUUGGGUAAACACACAAUCGAAUUUGGUCUUCGUUGGGGAUGCAUGCCAUCCUAUGCUUCCCUAUUUAGCCCAAGGUGCAAACUCAGCAAUCGAGGACGGUGCUGUGCUCGGACUUUUGCUAGGCGCUGUGGAGUCACAGAGGGAUAUACCAAGAAUGUUGAAACUCUAUGAACAAUUGCGGAAGAGUCGCGGAGAAGCUAUCGUGCGGGAAACGUUCAAGCAGGUAAGCAAGAAGCUCCGUUUUGUCCUGCCUUGA